GGAUCUCAGCGGGAGUAGACAGAGAGAGAGAGAGAGAGAGCGCGAGAGAGCGAAAGGCAUACAGAUAUAGGAGUGUGUGUGUGUGUGGUGAGUGUGGAUGUAAUCGGCUGCCUCUGUGUGUGUGAUCAGCAGAAGGGAGAACGUGUGGCUACUACUCCACAUGACUGGAUGCAUUUGGAUUCACGGAAGGAGAGCACACAACCACAAUAAAGAAAGUGUGGCACACACAAACUGCUGACUGAACCGCAGACGCACACCAGGGCAGAGCGCGGAGGAGUAAGCAGACAAGACAGAGCACACGAGACCUGACUGAUAGCGCCCAUGGCGAGCAAUAACACAGCCAGCAUCGCACAAGCCAGGAAGCUGGUGGAACAGCUGAAGAUGGAAGCCAACAUCGACAGGAUAAAGGUUUCUAAAGCUGCAGCAGACUUGAUGUCAUACUGUGAAGCUCAUGCCAAAGAGGACCCUCUGUUGUCGCCGGUGCCAGCGUCGGAGAACCCGUUCAGGGAGAAGAAGUUCUUCUGCGCCAUCCUGUAAACUCGGCAUGUCCCUUCAGCAGUCUGCUCAGUGUGGGGACUUUGAACAUGGACGUUCAAAACACGUAGAAAUCUUCUAGUAGGGCACGGUGAUUAUUGCCCUCUUUUCUCGAACGGCACUUAAAGAGUGCAAAAAUUAAAAUCUUCGAGUUAAAGUGUAAACAUUAAAGGGGUGCGACUGUUUUUGAGGGGUUUGCGGCAUGUUGAAGGGGUCUGCGCUUUUAGGUGACACAAAAGGGAUGAUGAGGAGGAGGAGGAGGAGGAGUGUGAUGAUAAUCACCUGGAUACAUGAUGGACAACCGGUCAACCUACCAAGUCGCCGGGUUGUGAUGUGUAUAAACAAAAAAUAGAUAAAAUGUGGUUUUUUUUGGGACUUCCAGAUGUUCUGUUCAAUGGUUUGUGGGUUGGUUGAGCUCUAUAGGAAAGCAAAAAAAAUAAAUAAAUCUACGCCUACCACUAGACGCCACCUGUAUAUUGGAAUGUGUUUUUUAAGUUGUUUAUUUUGUGUUUAUUCCAACUUUACCUAGAUAUCUUUCUAUAACUAUGUGAUUACCGAAGUCUUUCUCUUUUACACCAACAGGUUAGUGAAAGAUUUUUUAAUGGGAUGUUUGACACAUUUGACUCUGUGAUCAUUUACACAUUUACCUUUCUGAAAAAUCAGUCUCUGUGUAUCAACAUCUAGCCUUCUGGCACAUGUGAUGCAGUUUGUCUCCUUCCGAUACAAACCCUCUUUCUACUAUUUGUAUGAAAUGACUAGCAAGUAAACUGUGCUGUGCUGUGA